GUCCGCCUCGGUAAGGGUGUAGAUCCUAGCUCGCGCUGGAACACGGGAACAGCGAAUAGAUACAGUAUUCUUACAUAUAAAAAAACAUAAAAAUAAACGGAUGUGCCUCCGAAAACGAAACGGAUACCGUCCUCCUGACAAUUUUAAUGCAAAAAUUGAGAGGUCCGUGGCCAAAGGGGGGAUGACAUGCGUGUUCCCAGGCUGCUAACAUCGCUGAGGAUUACAGGACUAUUAGGCUGCCGAGAGCUGUCAAGCCAUGAUGGACAUACUGUACACAGGCCCUGUCCCGGCAGACGGCGAGUCUCCCAUGGCUGUCAGCGAGAUGUCGCCCAGCCGGGCUCAACGGCAGCCCAACACACAGAGACCCAACACAUGCUGCUUCUGCUGGUGUUGCUGCUGUAGCUGCUCAUGUCUCACCGUUAGGAAUGAAGAGGACAGAGGUAGGAAAUCCCUGGAGACACGUCUGGAGACCUUUCAAAACUGUGAAGAUUGCACCAAACCAACAUUAGAUGAGAUAAGGAUCUGGGCUCAGUCGUUCGAUAAGCUGAUGAAGAAUCCUGCAGGUCGGAACGUGUUCAGGGAGUUCCUAAGGACUGAGUACAGUGAGGAGAACAUGUUGUUCUGGCUGGCCUGUGAAGACCUCAAACAGGAGAUGAACAAGAACACAGUGGAGGAGAAGGCACGCAUGAUCUACGAGGAUUACAUCUCUAUCCUGUCCCCCAAAGAGGUGAGCCUGGACUCCCGGGUGAGAGAGGUGAUUAACAGGAAGAUACAGGAGCCCACGCCCCACACCUUUGAGGACGCCCAGCUCCAGAUAUAUACCUUAAUGCACAGAGACUCCUAUCCUCGUUUCCUCAACUCGUCUAUAUACAGAUCACUGGUUCACCCGGGCUCCCACACUUCCUCAGAGUCAUAGGUUCACCAGGCUCCCACACCUCCUCAGAGUCCUAGGUUCACAACAUUUCACUCACACACACUACUCUCUCUCUCUCUAUCUCUCUCCCUCUCACACUCCUCUCUCUCUCCCUCACACUCCCCUCUCUCUCCCUCUCACACUCCUCUCUCUCCCUCUCAGACUCCUCUGUCUCUCUCUCUCUCUCUCUCUCUCAUCCUCUCUCUCAUCCUCUCUCUCUGUCUCACUCCAUCUCUAUCCCUUGUCUCUAUCUCUCCAUCCACACCCCUCUGUCUCUGUCUCACCUCAUCUCUACCCCUCUGUCUCUGUCUCUCUCCAUCCCCUCUGUCUCUGUCUCUCUCCAUCCCCUCCCCUCUGUCUCUGUCUCUCUCCAUCCCCUCUGUCUCUGUCUCUGUCUCUGUCUCUCUCCAUUCCGUAACCACUUAAGGAGAAAAUAUCUAUCCUGUUGGGGAUUUUAUGUUUGUUUUUGUUUGUUUUUUGAUUUUUCUGUAGGAUGUUUUUUGUUGCCAAACCCUUUCACUUUUUCUAUUUUUAAUGAACUUCAUCGUGCCACUUAGGGAUUUCCUGUUCCCUAUGUAGUUCACUACCCACAUAGGGCUCUGGUCAAACGUAGUGCACUAUAUAGGGAAUAGGGGGCCAUAGGGCUCUGGUCAAAAGUAGUGCACUAUAUGAGGAAUAGGGUUCCAUUUUGACAAGCCAAGGUAACUGGAAGACACAGGGUUGUUGACGGAGAAUAAAACAAGACGUGGGAGACAGAGACAUUAUUUCUGUUGGAUAUCAUUCUACUGUUCGCUGGUACUCACAUUUACAUACAGUAUAACAAUCUGCUUUGUUCCGGAUAACAUGCAGUAUGUUAUUGUUUUAUUUUCUCCUGACAAAACGUCCCGAUUUGAGAAGAUAAAAGAACCUCGGCAAUAAAGACACUGGUGACUUUCCAACGUUCACGCAACGUUCACGCAACGUUCACACAACAUUAAAGACACAACGUUCACACAACAUUAAAGACACAACGUUCCCGACCCUGACCCCUUCUGCCGGACCGGACCGGACCGCCUGGACACUGCUGCUCUACUCCGCUUCUGACCUUUGAACUGUCACCUUUGACCUGUCCACUGUCUCCCUCACCUCACUGCUGUGAUUGGCUAUCAGAGGCAUCGGGAUGAGCUGUGGUUGGUCGAUCGAUCAGGGUGGUAACGGGGGCUAAGAGAUUUUCCAUCCCAGGUGCAAAAAAAGAAAAAGACUCACAAUACAUUUAAAAAAAACAUACAAAAGUCUGUUAACAGUUAAAGAACUGUUUCAUGGGAAAUGGAGUUUGAUGACAACACAUGUAGUUAGAAGACUGAAGAUGAUGCCUAGGUCUUUACUCGACUUGUUGUCACUCAAAAAAUGCUUUAAAACUUAGUAUUAUUAAUGUUAUUUAUUUUAUAUUUUGUUAAACUGUGAUAAUGAUUUUAUUGUACAUAUAUAAACAGAAACCCUUGACCAUCAACACAAACCUCGAGCAAACUCUCAAUCAAAUCAUCAACUGUGUUUAAAGUUCUCUAUGUGGAACCCUAUUCCCUCAAUAGUGCACUAACAAAGCCAUUUUGGUCCAAAGUAGUGCACUUCAUAGGGAAUAGGGUGCCAUUCGGGACGACCCCUGUGAGUUUUGGUGUUUCCAGUUUGAAAGGCCCUGCCACUCUGGCACCGCCUGCAGGUGGAGAAUGGUACUCCUUCUAUGUUAGGGUGUCUCCCUGCUGAGUUCACACAAACCCACUAAUACAUACAAACCCACUAAUACACACAAUCCCACUAAUACACACAAUCCCACUAAUACACACAAUCCCACUAAUACACACAAUCCCACUAAUACACACAAUCCCACUAAUACACACAAUCCCACUAAUACACACAAACCCACUAAUACACACAAACCCACUAAUACACACAAACCCACUAAUACACACAAACCCACUAAUACACAUUCUGUGUGUGUGUGUGUGUGUGUGUGUGCGUGUGUUUGUGUGUGUUUCAAGUCCGUUUCCAGGUAUGUUGGACAGGUGUGUCUUAGUUCUCAUAUAGUAGACAUCAUGCCAACAUCGUGCAAACAUUUCUCCA